CCGGCCACUCGGGCCGAUCAUUAACUCGUCAUACCCCAAUCGGAGCGGUCGCCUCUGUGGAACUCGGUCGGCCUGUGUGGAUCAAAGAUCAUCGAUCAAUCGAUCGCAUAUCCAGCUCGAUAGUCGUCGAGUAGGGGCAAUAACGGUUAUUACGGUUAUUAAAAUUUUCCAAACGGAAAAAUCCGCUGUGCCAGGCUAAAGAUUUCCGCGGCAUUCAACGGCACGUGGAAAGUGAUUCCGUUCGGCGGGCAGCAGCAGGUGAAAUACCGGUGAAUCAUCGAACCAUAACGGACUACAAUCCUAAAUCCGUUUCGCUGCGUCUGCGUCCAACCGGUUGGCGGGGCGACAAUAAAUAUACAUACGAGUGUGCAAAUAAGUGCCGUUCCAGGAAUCCCCCCAUGUCUCUCGAAAGUAAAGUACAAAGCUGAGGAGACAGUGUCCCCCACAUUAAUGGCCCUUGUGCAGGGCCACAGCCACAGCCAAAGCCUCAUACAAACCAUACACGGUGCGAGGCCAGUGAUUGGGCUCAGCCUUUAUCCCAUGCACCAGGAUGUCCCACCAAAGACAGUUAGACCUACAACCGAAUCGAAACUGGAAGAGUCGUCGGAGAAGGCGACGUCAAAGGCGGGGAGUGGAGGAGGAGGUUACCAGCAGAGACGAUGCCGCCGGCGGCGCUACAGCAGCAGUUCGACUAGCGACUCCAAUACCUCCUCGGACUCGGACUCCACAACGGACUCUGAUUCGGAUACAUCCGGCUCCUCUAGAAGCAGUAAAAGCAGCCACGGACUGCAACCCGCCCCCGAUUUGCCCGUGCCCGUGGCUGUACCAUUGCCCGAUCCUCACACAUCCCCGCCUCUACCUCUACCAAUCCGCAGUGAAAGCAGAGAACCAUCCAUCGAGUCCAGUGACUCCGUCACACCCGUCGAAGUGCCCGUGGAUCCGCAUGCCUGGACAACCGAGGACAUUGCCAGCUGGGUGAAAUGGCUGACGCGCAAGUUCAAGAUCGAUCCGGAGCCGGACAUCGGACGCUUUCCCAAGGACGGCCAGGAGCUGUGCGAACUGAGCCGAGCCGAUUUCUGGGUCUGUGCUGGAUCCCGUCGCGGAGGCACGCUCAUGGCCAAGCAUUUUGCUCUCAGCUUAUACCAAGCCACGGGCCGCGAGACGAGUCCCAUGCUCCACGAGAACGAGCCAAAUCCGUAUCAACUGCUGAACGCUGCCUCGCACCGAUUGGUUGCCCAGGGCUCCGGCGGGCAAAUACAGCUGUGGCAAUUUCUGCUGGAGCUGCUCGCUGAUUCGUCGAACGUCGCUUACAUCAGCUGGGAAGGCCAAUCGGGGGAGUUCCGGCUCAUUGACCCGGACGAGGUGGCCAAGCGAUGGGGCGAGCGCAAGGCCAAGCCAAACAUGAACUACGACAAGUUGAGCCGGGCUCUCAGGUACUACUACGACAAGAACAUCAUGACCAAGGUGCAUGGCAAGCGGUACGCCUACAAGUUCGACUUCCAUGGCCUGAUGGCCGCCUGCCAGGCCCAGGCGCAGGGCGGCGAUCCGGCCGCCAAUAUGCUAGGUUCCUACAAUCAUCAUCCCGGCGGCGGAAUGCCCCUGACCCGCCACCCGCCGCUGCACCACCACCACGCCCAGCAUCCACAUCAUCAUCAUCCGCACUCGCAUCCACACAGCCACGGACAUGUCCAUGCCGGACAGCCGCACUUCCUGCACCACCACACAUCGCCCGCCUCGACGAGCUCCAGUCUGGGAUUCCCGUCGCCUUCGACGGUCUCAUCACAGCCCUCGCCCGGCAAUGGUCCGUCCUCAUCGACAUCGGCGGCGGCGUUUACAGCACCAUUCCACGGCGGGACAGUGGCUGAACAGGCAGGCAGAACAGGAACAGGGACAGGCACAGGGGCGGGGAAUACAGCCUCGACCUAUGACCAGAACACCCCAUCCACGAAUGCAUUUAAUUGAAGAUGGAGCCGGGAACUACCCCAAUUUGUUUUGUGGGGUUGUAAUCAGUCGACCUACUGGGCAGGGGGUGGCGUGUGAGGGGGAGAUGCGCAGGGACCACCCAUUGCGCAGAUGGCAGUCAGUUGUCCCCGCUGCCCCGUUUCACCCCCACUCUGUUUAAAGAGCAUUUCGAGUCCGGGAGCAGAGCGGACCGGACCAUAAAAGGACGUAAAAAGGUACGACACGAGUAAUUUCCGCAUAAUUCCAGAUACUUUCGGUUAAUUGAGGAAUUGUGAUAGCCCGGAGCAUCGCAGAGCAAUAUAAGAGGAGAGCCAAUUUGUUACUUCGUCUGUUAUCCCUCGCUUCUAGCUGUAAGCAUAAGCAUAUCCAUGUAAUGCAUCCAGCAUCCCAGUAGAGGUCUCAUCAUUAUAUAUUUCUAAGCUCACUAAGUUCACCACCCACACACAAGCACAGAGAUAUAGUAAAUACAAAUACAAGAAAAAUACGCAAAUACAGAUAUAGAUACAGAUACAGA